AUGGCUGAUUUUGGUUUCGACCCUCAAUUGAGUGCUCGGGAGAUGCGGAAGAUCAAGUACUACGAACGAAUGUUUGCCAAAUUAGAUUCUAGAGAAAUUAAACGCCAAAAUUCAGAUGAAAAAUCUAAGGCUCCUAAUCAUUCUAAGAGUUGGUCUGACCAUUCUCCCACUAAAUCGUCAUCAAACUCUCGUGCCAGCACUAUCAACAAUACUAGCGACAGCACUACUGAUUUCAGCAUAGAUACCACCAUCAUCAAAACUGAACCUACAAGAUUGAACCAGAAUAUACAUUCUGAUUGCCAAGACGGUGAUUGGAAUUACUCUUAUAAGCGGGAUAUCACUGGUAUUGGCAAUGCCAGUGGAGCCACCCUCGCAAGUACAAUUACCACUUUUACCUCUGAUAUAGUUGGGGAAAAUAAAUGGGUAAAGGGUAUUGCAAAGAAGAAAUCGCGUAGCCAAAAAAGGGAAAAAUCACUCCGGGAAGAAUCUACAGAUGCAAUUUCAAAGAGACCCGACUCCACGGAAAUGUGCGAUUAUAAUUACGCAGUUGGUGACUACAAGUGCGAGAAUCCAUGUGAAAAUUAUCAAAAGAUUGAACAAUACGAAAUACCCGAAAAACUUCAAAAAAUAACACAAUCUUCUUAUGUAAACAAUAAAUUAACUACUACAACACAUGAUGAUACUGCCUUUUCAUUCACCCCUCUUACAACAAGCAUCCCCUUCAUAGACGAUAUACAAAAUAUAAAUGGUUUACAUUCUAACACUGAAGGAGAUGGGUUAAAGGACCAAACCAAUAGUUUCCAGGAGUAUACAGUUAGAAAAUGCGAAUCGAUGCUCAACAUAUGUCCAAAGUUAGUCAUUUCCCUACCAAAGAUAGAGGCAGAACAAUCCAGUUUUAAAGAUGUAUGCAAUGACGCAGUUUUCGAGAACAACUUGGAUCCAACGGCUAUUUUUUCCCAUUCCUAUUCCUUUAGUCUGCUGUGUGACCCGAGGAAGCUCUCUUUCACAUCGCACCUCCUAGCUCGACUUAAAAAUAUUACCAGUCCACCUACUGGUAACGAUUUAUGA